AUGUCUAUGCAAUUUACUGGUCUACAGGUUUGUUUUUGGAUAUAAUUGGGAUGGACUUUGACUACAAAAAUUUUGAACAGAUGGUCAGAGAGCUCUCCAAUUUGAAUCCUAAAAACAUCUUGAAUUCAAAGAAAAACCGGAAAUCUGAACUUUGUAGGUUGUAUCAUGGAUCCUACUUCUCGUUGGAAACGGAAUGUUGAUUAUCGCAUCCGUUUCCGAUUUUUGGUCAGUUCACACGCCGAGAAAUCAAAUGGGUAUCCUAUAAUUGUCUUCCAAAAUGAUCAUUUGAUGCAGAUGGAUUAGUGAUGAACCGUGGAAUUAUAAGACAGUGCAUAUCUACAAAGCAAUAUGGGAGUUGUGACUUUCGAUUGGCGAGUAUUUUCAAGCAACUUCGGAACUUGUAUGACACCUACGCAGCAAGAACCAUCUACCGACAUAUGCCAGCUAAAAGUUUGCAUUUUAUACGAUUUGAAAGCUAGAGAUGAAAAUUCGGGAAUGAAAAAGAUUUUCAUGAUUUUUUGAAUUAUUUUUGACUUUUUUCUGGAAGGAAUAUUUUUAAAAAAACACUGUAGUUUCAAAGUCCUUAUUAAUUUCAAAGUGGAGUGUUAUUAAAGCUUCUGCGUCUUUGAGAUAAUAAAGCCCUAUAAACUAGCAAUAUUCAGCUUUCGAAGUUUUCGUCGUGCUCUUCAUUUCAAUCUCCAUUUCCGUUGCAACAGUGGUUUUGACUUUUGGACCUUUUUGCUGUCAAAAGUGUAAAGCCGCGACAACUUUGCUUAUACUCAUUACAGGUUUCUUUAUUUAUUUUCUCGGGUUUUAGCUCAAAAGUUUUGCAAAAGAAAAUUUCCAGGUGUUUUCUCAGCGGCAGGUUGUUUUAUCUACUGGACUGCGAACCGAGAAGGAAACACUUUCACCUUACAACAUAUGCCUUUCGAGCACGUUUUUCACUACGACUAUGUUCGUUUUUUAUUUUUUCUUUUGGCCAAAUUCGAAAAAUGUACAACAAAGUUCCAGGGAAGUGACGAAAACUUGCUGUCAUGGUCUUUCUAUCUUGCUGCGUCCAGUGCGGCUUUCCUUCUGAUCUCCGCAUUUUUGUUAUGUCAGUUUUGUCUCACAUUCAAACUUGAUGAUCGCAGAGGGAAUGGCUUAUCUUGACGGACCUCAAACAGCUUACGCGCUGCAGCGUUAUGAGAGCUGGAGCACAUAUUUUUCAUUGCUUUUGCAAGUGUAUUUUUCACAACAUUCAGUUCAGUCGUUUUUCAACCGCGACAUUAAGAUCUACCCUCUGCCAAAAACAUAGUUUUAAGCAAGUUUCUUUAGGCAUUUCUUCCCGAGUGGAUCCUGAUAUUGAAUACGAGCCAGCGGCAUCAUCGCCAGUUUGA